AUGCAUCCUGUACGACGUCCGACAAUUCAAAAUCCCCCGAUAAACGACAAUGAACGACAUCCCGUUUAUUGGAUUGGCCCAAAUUUGAACAACAGUCCGCGUCCAAUGUACGGACCGAGGUUGAGAUCGACUUGUCCGUGCCCUGCGGAUGUGAACUCGCGUCCGCCAAGUAUCACUGGACAACGUCCAUACCCUCAAGCGAAGCGGCACAUAGUUGCACAGAUGGGUCGAUUUUGUUAA